AUGCAGGGCCAUGAGGCAGUUUCGUGUGGCUCUGAGGAGGGCUUCUUGGCUGGGAUAGACGUUGAUGACUUCCUCUUUGUGCUGCUGGACUCGCUGCAGCCGUCCUUGCCGGACGCUGCAGCAGCAGCAGCAGCAGCAGCAGCGCCUGCAGCAGCUGCGGGGUCUAGGAACAAUGCAAGUGCAGCAGCAGCCCGGCGACCCCACGCGGGCGCAACUGCAGUAGAGGGCUCUUCUUUGCUGCCGCUGCUGCGCGAGACCUGGAGGCCAGAAAAGCUGCUGCACGAGCUGCUGGAGGGGCCCCCGGCGGAGGCAGCAGGAGCAGCAGCAGCAGCUGCGGGGGCCCCCGCAGCCGCAGCAGAGCGGGACUUGGCACUGCGGGCAGCAGAGGCACAGCUAAGCGCCCCCAUCUCGAGGCCCACGGGGCCCCUCUACUCCGCAUGUCUUGCUGCAGGAGCUUCUUUGCUUUCUUUUGCUGCAGCAGACACAGGCCGCGUGGCUCUUGCAAUAAGGGCUUUUCUUGAGGUCCGGCCUGCCACACAGGACCACCAGGUUGCGCUGCUGCUGCUGCUGCGGCUGCUGCUGUUCCGCUGGGCCCUCCACAGCCACCUGGGCCUCCCCCAGCUUCUUGCAAAGACCCAGGGGGCCCCCUGUGUGGAGUUCCGGGGACCCCACGGCUUGGCGGCCCUGCAGCCAGCAGGGGCAGCAGCAGCGGGGGCGCCCCUCGCAGCAGCAGCAGCAGCAGCAGGUGGCCGCCCGCAGGCUGCUGCAGCAACGUGGCUCGGGAAGGUUGCUGCACUUGCCAUUCAAGAAGCUGCUGCACUUGCAGACGGCGACGAACGCCGCGAGUUGCUGCUGGAAGUGCUGCAGAUCAUUGCGCGCUGCGCCCCCCACAUCGUCAUAUCUAAGUUAGUGAAGGCCACAAAGAAAGCAGCUUUAGUGUCUCCUGGGGCUCCGGAGGAGACGGCGACGGAGGGAGCAGCUUGCUGCUCGUUGCUGCUGCUACUGGAGAAGAUCUUUUCCUCUUCGGGAUGGCCAGCGAUCUCUGUGUCUCUGACGAAGCAGGUGUUUGUGGUGCUGCUGCAGCUGCUGCUGCUGCCGCUGCAGCCGCAGGAUGCUGCGGGCUCGCAGCGCCGCCUGUCUCUCCCCAUCCGCUGGAGCAUCUCGCUGCGGGCUGCAGAGGCCCUGAGUGCCUUUGCUGCAGCAGCAGCAACGGGAAACUGCCGUUCGCUGAUGCUGGCUCUGCAGAAGCAGCAGCAAAAGCAGCAGCAGGAAGAGCAGCAGCAGCAGCGGCAGCAGCCCCUCUCCCCUGAAAACGACGCCGGCCGCAACGCCGUGGGGCUGCAGCGCUCGCUGGAAGAGGGCCUAGCAGCAGCAGCAGCAGCAGCAGCAGCAGCAGCACGUGGAGAGGGAGAACUGCCGCCAGGCGGCGAAGGCGGCUGCGGAAUUGAAUACCUUCCUUUGAUGGCAGCAACAGCAGAAAGAGUCGUGUACAUUUUGCUGCCUCGCAUGCUGCUGGCUAGUGCUCCCCCAGGGGUCAUUUCCGCGUUGCUACGAGCUGCUGCUAUGCUGCUGCUGCUGCCUGUACACCUCAGCAGCCCCCUGAUGCUCAGACACUGGGACGACGAGCAGUCGGGGAUGGUGCGGCACGACCCCGUGCUGCUGCUGCUGCAGCUGCUGCUGCUGCACAUUUGCAGCGAAAUCUCCGGCGUCCCCGCAGCAGAGCUGCUGCAGGACGACCAGCAGCACGCGAGCAACCGCGUCGCAGCAGCAGCAGCAGCAGCAGCAGCAGCCAACAUGCAGGACCAGCGCAAGGCUCUGCAGAAGCAGCGACAGCGGCUACUGGAGCAAGGCGGACUCGAGACAGCAGCAGCUGCUGCAGCAGCUGCAGCAGCAGACGAGGCUGAAGGUCAAGGGGGGGAAGCAGCGUACAAGCAGCGUCUGCUGCAGCACACGGAUAUGACCCUCUCUGAGCAGCAGGAGGAAGCAGCCCUCAACAGCAGCAGCAGCAGCAGCAGCAGCGGCAACGACAAUGACUUGGGCGACGGCGUCAGACUUGAGGGCCCAAGAGCUGCUGCCUUCUUCAUGCAAGCUGCUGCCUCUUUGUCCCACCUCACAGAAGUUCUUGCUGCAGGGCAGCAGCACUGGCGCACGGAGCAGCACGCAGCCGAGCUGCAGCAGCUGCUGCUGCUGCUGCUGCUGCAUGCCAGCAGGCGCUCUCUCGCUCCCAGGGACCCCGUUGGAGAUCUGCUGGCGGACGAGACUCUCAAACGAAUGGUGGAGCCCAUCGUCUUUGCUGCAGUGUCUUCUCUUAGCGCUGUGCAGCUGCAGCACGAGGCGAAGACCGCGGGACUUUCCUCAGCAUCAGCAGCAGCAGCAGCAGCAGCGACGGCAGCAGCAGCAGGCUGCAUCACAGCGCCUCCCUGCGAGGGGUCACUUGCAGGGCUUUCUCUGAUUUCGCCCAUAGCUGCUCCUAGUCCCACUGCUGCUGCUGUUGCUGCUGCUUCCUGCAGCGACGCUGCGGCUCCUCCGUAUCUGCAGCAGGUGGACUGGGUGCUGCAGGCUCUCGACCAGACAGCAGCAGCCGAAGCAGCAGCAGCACCACAAGAGAGACAUAAAAGAGCUUUCAAUGAACUCAGGUGGUGCUCCCCAGCAUCUUUGUCCCUUGAGGGAUCCCCGGACGGUUUGCUGCUGUCUGUUGCGGGGGGCGCUGCAGCACGGCGGCUGUCCCGUGCUGCUGCUGCUGCUGCAGCGCAGCAGCAGCAGCUGCUGCGGAACGGCGGCGCCGCGCGGCUCGUCACAGAGGGCCUGGCCCGGUUUCUGAACCUUCCUUUGUGCUGCGGAGGAGGCCUUGCUGCUGCUGCCCUGAACACAGCAGCAGACGUGUUUGCUGCUGCAGCAACGGCAACCAAACGCUCCGGUGGGCUACGAGGGGACCCGCAGCAGCAGCAGCGGCUGAGAGCCAUACAGUGUGCUGCACUUGUCUUCAUGGGCAGAGUAGCUGAAGCACAGAGGUGCGGCUGCCCCUCCCCCCGGCUGGCCCUCACGCCGUGGCAGCAGCCCAGCAGCAUUUGCUGCUGUGCAGCGAGGUGGACGAGGCCCAGGGAGCAGCAGCUGCUGCGGCCGCCGCUGCAGCAGCAGCAGCAGCAGCAGGUCUACCUGGACCAGCAGGCGGAGGACACGCAGCAGCAGGAAACGGAGAGGAUGCGGCUGUUGUGGGAUAGAGCAGAGACAGCAGCAAAGUUUGUCUCUUGUCUCUUUAGUUUGGCAGCAAAAAAAAGACUUUCGCCAUCUCAAGCUGCUGCUGUGCUGCAAGCUUGUCGAUCUCUCGCGCUGUCGCGCCUGCUGCCUGUUGCUGCUGCCCACUUAUCGGGGGAAGACGAGCAGCAGCAGCUGCUGCAGCUGCAGCAGUACCAGCUGCUGCAGCAACAGCAGCACUUUGCGAGGGGCGCUGACGUGGCCUCCGCCGGUAUCGAGCAGCAGCGACAGCGGCAGCUGGUCAGCAGCAGCAGCAGCAGCAGCAGCAGCAGCGACAGCGGCUGCAGUGAGCUGCAGGUAACCAUAGACUUCAAGCUCCCGCUGCUCUGCCCCCAAGAAAUAUCCUCUAGGUGGGACACAAUGACUUUAGUGGAUCCUGAAGGCAGCAGCAGCAGCUCAGAAGAGGAGCUGUACAUACACCGCAGGCCUUCUCUUGGCCGCAGACGCAAACAGCCCUUUAGAAGAGAAGGGCUGCAUGCAGCAGCAGCAGCAGCAGCUGGGGGCCCGUGGGGCCGCGCGGCGCAGCAACGCCUGCUGGCUGCAGCAGGAGAGGCGUCAGCAGCAGAAAUGGCGGCUGCAGCGGGGCCCAGUGCAGCAGCAGCAGCAGCUGCUGCUGCUGCUGCGGCCUGGACUCACCCGCCCCCUGCAGCAAUCUGUGGCAUAUUUGUCUUCGUGCUGCGGCUGCUUUGUCUCUCCCCAUCCGACAGCAGCGACGAGGCAGCAGCCGCGGCGGCAGCAGCAGCAACAGCGAGAUGGCCAGCGUCUUCGCCGCUGCAGCAGCAGCAGCAGCAGCAGCAGCUCGGGACCUCCCCAGCAGCAAUCCUCAGGGAAGCUGCAGCUCACGUGCUCUUCAAAGUCCUCGCCCAAGACGCACCUGACCUGUUGUUCCCCGUGCUGCUGGAGUGCUUGGGCGUCGGCGUUUCGCUGCGGCCGGCGAUGCCAGCAGUUUGUUCCUGUUUGGCAUUAAUGGCGGAGCGUGCUGCUGAGGCAGAGAGAGCAGCACCCGCAGCAGCAGCAGCAGCAGCAGCAGCGUCUGCUGCUGCUCUGUGCACCCCGCUGUGGGUGGCGCCUGCAGUGCCGCAGUCCCAAGUUGCUGCACUCUGCGAGCUGCUGCUGCAUGCCUCCAGCAUCCAGUGGGACAGGGGGGGUCUUGCUGCUGCUGCUCUUCGCGCGGUGGCGAAGCUGAUACCCAGCCUGCUGCCCACGCCUCAGCAGCAGCAGCAGCAGCAGCUGCUGCUGCUGCGCUCCCAAGCCCUCCCCUCCCGAACUCAAAUGCUGCACUGGGACGUCCACAAGCCUCACCACCCGCAGCACCCGCAGCACCCCCAGCGCCAGCACCAACAACACCAGCAGCAGCACCAGCACCAGCAGCAGCAGCAGCACCAGCAGCAGCAGCAGGGGGCCUCCUUCGCAGCAAAAGCUGCUGUCUUCGUAGAACGCCUUACUGACGCCCUCGAGGAACAUGCGGGCGGGGCCAUUCCGCUGUCGAGUGAGGGUUGGGUGUCUGCGCUGUGCGAGUUGCUGCUGCUGCUGCACUUGGGUUUGCUGUCGCACUACGGCAGCAGUGAGACGCAGCAGCUCUUCGUUUCCUGCUGCCUCCUGCGGGGCUUUGCUGCUGCAGCAGCAACAGCACGCAAGGAAGCUGAGAGGCCCCCCAGCAGCGAAGAGCUGAAGCGGCAGGGCAGCGCCUCUGCAGCCCUGCGUCUGCGCCGCGGCGCGUCUUUGGGCGAAGCAGCAGCAGCAGCAGCAGAGGAAGCAGCGCUGGAGGACCUGCAGCAGCAGCAGCAACGCCGCGCUCUUGCUGCGCUGCAGUUCCUGGGAGUUGUGGGCCGCUCGCUUUCGCUGUCUGUACAGCAGAGCCUCACGCGGGUCUUCUUGGGCUGUGGGCAGUGCGCAGCAGCAGAAGACAAGUCGGGGGCCCCCGCGGAAGCAGCAGCAGCAGCAGGUGCUGCUGCAGCAGCAGAGGGGCCCCCCGCCCUCUGGCUCUCCCUCGCAAGGCCUGUGGAGGCCCCCCGAGCAGGCGUGGCAGAGGGGGGCCUCCUUGAGAGUUUGCUGCUGCUCUCGAGGGCCCCCGAGGCCCCUGAGGGGCCCCCCAGGGAUGAUGGGGAGAGUUCUUUGGGGGGGGAGUGGUCUGAUGAGAACGAGGCUUUUGCUGGCAGCAGCAGGCAGCCAGCAGCAGCAGCAGCAGCAGCAGCAGCAGCGGGCAGCUCGUGGGGCGGGUUCGGAGCCGGGGAGGCUACCCGGCGAAGGAGCCUCGCGAGCGCCGAAGAAGAAGCAGCAGCGCCGGCAGCAGCAGCAGCAGCAGGUGCUGCUGCUGCUGCUGCAGUCAGGUACUGCCACCCCGAGCGGCUGCGCAGGGUUGUGGGCUGGCUGGGCAGCAGCGGGGGCACUCUGUGGCUGCAGCAAGAGCUGCAGCCGCUUGUGUUCUUUGCUGCUGAUACUGCUGCAGCAACUCGGCCUCUUGCUGCUCAGACAGACACAGCUGUGCUGCAGGAGCAGAGGGCCACAGCGCGUGCUGUUGCACUUGCUGCCAGCAGCAGCAGCAGCAGCUUUGCUUCUUCGUUGCGGCUGCUGCAGGCCGUGGGGGCCCCGCCCGCCCAAAGAAGGUCCUUCGGGGUCUUUCCUUUCUUCAGCAGCAGCAGCAGCAGCAAGAAGCAGCUAGAAGCUGGCAGAGUGCAGCUGCUGCUGUGUCGCACGGCCUUGGCCAUGUCUCCUCCUUGGGAGUUGUUUGACUUUUCCGGGCCGUGUCUGCUGUCUGCUGCUGCUGCUGCUGCUGCUGCUGCAGCAGCCACGGCCGCGAACGGCGAGGCCGCGGCGCUGGUUGCUGCUGCUGCUGCUGCAGCACCCGCCACCGGCAGCGAACGCCCCCUGGGCACCUGGCUCUUCGGCAGCAGCAGCAGCACAGCUUCAGCAGCAAGUUAUCGAGGACUAGUGCAGCAAGCAAAGCAAUCAAUGCUGGGGGUUUUUCACCGAGAGGGCGACGACGCGCUGCAGCUGGUGGAGAAGGCUGAGGCUUUCCUGGCCGCAGCAGAAGCUGCUGCAGUUGCUGCGGACCGCCACCACCAGCAGCAGCAGCAGCCCUGCGCCUUCUUCCUCUUUGUUGCGCUGCUGCUGUCUCUGCUUCUGGCCUUCCAAAAGGAGACAGACCACGCCCUUGCUGUCACAGUGGCGGAGACUCUUCAGGCCAUGGGCCGGCGCUGGAGGUUGGCAGCACAGGAGCUGUUGCAGCAGCAGCAGCGGCAGCAGCGGCAGCAGCAGCAGCAGCAGCACCACCGCCACCACCCCCACCGCCGGAAGGCCGGCCACCGCGGCGAAGACGACGAAGGCAGCGACGCCUCCGUCCAGGUGUCGACGAGCCGCAGCAGCGGCAGCUUUGCUGCUGCUGCUGCUGCUGCUGCUGUUGGGGCGGCUCCCUGGGGCCCCCCGGGGACGCAGGAGGGGGCCCCCAGGAGAAGCAGCAGCAGCAUUCUCUCGGCCUUUGAAACUCCUUCUGCUGCUACAGUGAUGCCGCGGACUCAGUGGGUGGAGAGGCACUGCGGCGUGUCUCUGCGCUGCAGCACCGCUGUGGAGGCCGAGGAGGCUGCUGCUGCUGCUGCCAUCUACAGCAGCAGCAGCAGCAGCAGCAUGGAGUACCUCACCACUGGAGUGCUGCAAGACAAGCACCCAGGACUGCAGGAGCCGCUUGAGGGCCCCCUAGCCGUUCCCAGAAUCUUCCAAGAAAAGAUCAGCAGCAGCAGCAGCAGCAGCAGCAGCCACGCAGCGCCAGCCCCUGAAGACCUCGCGAACCGGGGGGAAGAGCUGCUGCAGGCUGCUGCUGCUCUGGGGGGGGCCCUAGGGAGAGGCUCAGAAUUAAUUGUUUCCUUUUUGCUGCCUUUUUGUCUUUCCUGGAGGCCCCACAAAAAGCUGCCUCUCCCGCGGCUGCAGGCUUCUGCGCAGCAGCUAAGGGAAGCAGCAAACACCUGGGAUUCCGGCCGCGAGCUGCUGGCCAGAGACCCACUCGCUACUGUUGAGGCCAUAUUAGGCAUUACAAAGGGGCGAACUGCAGCAGCAACAGCAGCAGCAGCAGCUUCUGCUGCUGCCAACGACGACCAGGUGUCUCCCCUUUCAAUUGCUGCCUUCAGCUGCGCUGCAGCUGUCCUGCCCCCGCGGCUGCAAAGUCACCAUCAGCAGCAGCAGCAGCAGCAGCAGCAAGGCUUGCUGCUGCAGCUCGAGAAGUCUGUCAGCGAAGAGUUGCAGCUCCAUAAGGGCCUCUGCUGCAUGCUGCUUGCUGCUGCGCUUCACGUGCUUCGCGCGCAGGUCCCUGCAGCAGCAGCAGCAUAUAUCCGCACGCUUUAUAUAAGAGCAGUCUCUGCUCCCCUCAGCAGCACAAACUGGAGGGGGAAAAAGGGGCCCCUCGCGCUGCUGCUGGGGGCCACCCGGGCCCCAGAGGAGCAGCAGGGGGCCCCCCGGGGGCCGGGGGCCCCCCUGUCGGGUUCUCCUAGUCUAGAGGCCCCAUACGUGGACAGCCCUCGACACCAGCAGCAGCAGCAGCUGCUGCAGCAGCAGCAGCAGCAAGGCAGGGCGUUCCUGCAGCCGCAGUACCAGCUGGAGCCGCGCGGAGGACGCGGCGCAGCAGCAGCAGCAGCAGCAGCAGCUGAUGAGGAUCAGAUGCAGCAGCAGCUGCUGCUGCAGAGCCAAGAUGUUGCUGACAGCAUGGCGCAGGUUCUGGGGGACAGCUGCAGGCCCUCAGAGUCUUACCGCAGCAUGCGGAUGCAGGCUGCAGCAGCUGGUGGCCCCGCAGCAGCAGCAGCAGCAGCAGCAGCAGCGGGAGACAUUCAGCAGCUAGCAGCAGACACAAGGGCUGCAGCAGAAGACGGACUUAUACCUGAAGUCUGCUUCGAUGCUCUUGCUGCUGCAGAAAAAGCUGCUGCUGAUCUUGCUGCAGCAGCAACUGACUGUCUCCUUGGGCUGUCUGUACACCACAACACUUGGCAGGUCACCGCCCUUCUACUGAGAGCAGCACACAUGAGGCUCUGCAGCAGCAGCAGCCCUUUCGUUCGAUGGCGAGGCUUAUGCGCAGCAGCACGCAUUGUGGCUGCUGCUCCCGCCCUUCGUGGGCAGAAGGCUCACGGGGACGAAGACGAGGACAGCAGCAGCAGCAGCAGCAGCAGCAACGACGCUGAUGCAAGGGUGUGGCUGCAGCUGCUGCUGUUGCUGUUCCCCAGAGGAGGAGACAGCUGCCUCCAGCUCGCAGCCCUCGCUCUGCAGGCAUUUGACGUUCUCGCUGCGAAGGCCCCAGAAGGUCGUGCUGCAGCGCGUGCUGCAGCAGAAGCAGCAGCUGCAGCAGAGAAGGAGCAGCUGCAGCAACAACAGCAGCGGAUGCUGCUGCAGGACCCCAGCCAGAAUGGCGGUGCGCGGAAGCACGACAGUUUCGGAAGACUGCAGUUGCAGCUAGAGAGCAGGCACCAGCUGCUGCUGCAGCGACAGCAGCAGCAGCUGCUGCUGCUGCUGCGCCCCCAAGUAGCAGCAAGCCCUUCAGCAGCGCACGAGGCCAUCUCCAUGCUGCUGCUGCCGCUGGCCGAGACAGAAGUCUCCCCAGCCCUUGUGUCUCUACAGUGCCUCACUGAGCUGCUGUGUCCGCAGACUGCUGCUGCUGCUGCUGCUGCUACUACUGCGCAGCAGCAGCAGCAGCAGCAGCUGCAAGCGUGUGAGGGAGAAGAACCUCCUUUCUCCCGCGGUCCCUCGCACCAGCCCCCCGAGAACCCCAGCAGCAGCAACAACAGCAGCAGCAGCUGCUGCAGCAGCAGCAGCAGCAGCGUGCUGCUGUCUGCUGCAGUUGUUUGGGGAGUUUCUCGAGCCCUUUUUGCCACAAUGGACUUACGCAGGGAGCGGCUGCUGGCCCGGCGAGCGACGCUGCAGCGGCUGCGGCAGCGGCUGGAAGCAGUUGCUGCUGCUGAGGGCAGGGGCGAGGCAGCAGAGGCAAUAGCAGCAGCAGCAACAUCAGCUGCUGCUGCUGCUGCUGCGCCUGUCGCCGGCAUGCCCUGCGCCAACAGGGGGCCCCAGCAGAAGGGGGCGGCCCCGAAGCAAGAAGGCACAGAGAGAGACAGCGACAGCAACUUUGCUGCUGCUGCACUGGAGCACGAGGCCCAGGCUUUGUGGCUGCAGCGGCUGCAGCAGCAGGAGUCGCAGCUAAAAGCAGCAGCUGUUGAGUGUCUCCGUCGCCUAGCUCUCAUUAACUUUGAAGCAGUCCUGGGGCCCCUCACAAGCUCUCCAGGCGCUGAAGCAGCCGUAGCUGCUGCUGCCCCAGCAGCAGCAGCAGCAGCAGCGGCAGCAGCAGCAGGGAAGGAGCAAGGCGCGCUUGCAGCAGCAGCAGGCGACCCCUGGGCGCAGCCACCCCCAGCCCCCGUGUGGGGCCCCAAGGGCCUUGCUGCUAGGCUGCUGGCCCCGCAGCAGUUUGAGGAAGCAGCAGCAGUGCUGCAGUGGAGCGGCUGCUGCUGCUUCAGCAGCAGCAGCUGCCUCCACCGCGGCCUGGCUGGCUGCAUAGCCAGCGAGAGGUCUCUUGCUGCUAAAGCUGUGGCUCACCUCACCCGCGUGUGCAACAACUCUCCUGCUGCUGUUGCUGCUGCUGCUGCUGCUGCUGAGGGCGCUGCGUUCUCUGCGGGCCAGCAGCGGGCCAUUGUCGCAGCCGAGGCAGCUGCGCAGCACCAGGCCACCCUGCUGCUGCUGCUGCUGCUGCAGCACGAGCAGCAGCAGCAGCACAGAUACCGCAGGCCCUCUUCUCUUGGCCGCAUGCUGCAGCGACACGCUGCGCCCCUGCUGGGCACGGCGCUGCUGCGGAUAGGCAUGGCGCAUGCAGCAACGGCCAGCCGCACGCAGCAGCAGCAGCAGCAGCAGCGGCGGCAGCAGCAGCAGCAGCAGCAAGAGGAUUCAUUCAAGGGUCUGCACAUCAUGGGUCCUGGAGACGAAGUUGUCAGCUGGCGCUGCCUCAGGGCUGCAGUUGAAGGGGGGCCACCCCCGGGGUCGCCUUCAGGGGGCCCCCUAA